UUUGUGCAGCCUCCCCCUCUUAGACUGAGGUUAAGUGAGAGACAGAGUUUUUCUUUUUUAGAGGUACUUUUACAAGAGGGAAGCUGCUUUUCUCAUAAGAAAAUUACCGUGAAGUGAGGGAAACUGACACCCGCUGGAUGGGGAUAAAAAGCGGGAGGAGCAAGCAGGGGGAAACAGUGGAGACAGAUCCACGACACGCGCAAGUCUGCGGAUCGGGAGGGAAACCUGUGAUUAUGUCCGCAAACGGAUCAAACAACGACGUGGAUCAGAGAGGCCCGGCCGGGUUGUCGGACGGGGAAACCUUCAGGUCUCACGCCGACGCCGAUGUAGACAACGGUGAAUCCACGCAAGUGGACUACGACGGUACAGACCGGUGUGAGAAGAACAUCACAAACUCUGCCGACCCUCCGGAGCAGAGUAACGCCGUCCGUGAAAGAGCGCAGCGAGGGGGGGAAAUAAUAAUAAGACAACCAAGUUAUUGUUGUCGACGUACAUCAGAAAGAGAAGAAAUGCGGAAAGAGAUUAAAAGUGAAGAGGACAUCGUGACUAUACCGAGCCGGGUCACCGCUGUAGACAAUCCGUCAAAGGAGGAGCAAGAGAGAGUUGUAGCAUCCCGAGCUCUCCGUCCUAUCAUACGCAAUCCUCGUGGGCUGCAGGUCAUGAGACUCCAAGCAGGAAGAGGAGCCCAGCAACGAAGGAAUUUCCAUAAGAGGGAGGUCCUGCGAAUGCUCUCCAGCAUGUACUCCACAACCCUUUUGGCCUAUGUAUCAAUAGCAAAAAGCAGUAAUUUGUAAUGUGUGGGGAAUAAAAAUAAAAAUAAAAAAUCAUGUCAAACCA